UAAACCCUCAAAUGGGUUUUCUUAGAAGAGCUUCGAAGACCCUGAAGUCAUCCAAGUACUUGCCUUUGUUGCAAACCAACUCUAAAUUCAGCCCAAUAUCUAGUCUUUCCAGACGGAACCCACUUUACAGUGAAUUCAGUUAUGGCCAUUUUGGAUUGAGCCAAGCGUUUUGUUCCCAUUCUCGGAAAAACAGCAAAGACAGUGACAUAGAUUUGAGCCAGUAUCCCACUGAGAGGAUUAGGAACUUCUCGAUAAUCGCCCAUGUCGAUCACGGAAAAUCUACUCUCGCUGAUAGGCUUUUGGAGCUCACUGGGACUAUUAAGAGAGGUCAUGGUCAGCCUCAGUACCUGGACAAAGAAAUGGACAUUUGAUUUGGGUUUUCUUAGGUGGAGAGAGAAAGGGGAAUUACUGUAAAAGCGCAGACAGCUACCAUGUUUUACAAGCACAAUUUUUAUGGUGCAGACAACAAUGGUGACCAUGAAGAACCAAGUUUUUUAUUAAAUCUGAUUGACACGCCUGGUCAUGUGGAUUUUAGCUAUGAAGUAUCAAGAUCCCUAGCCGCCUGCCAGGGUGCCCUUUUAGUUGUUGAUGCUGCCCAGGGUGUUCAAGCGCAAACUGUUGCAAACUUUUAUCUUGCCUUCGAAUCUAACCUGACAAUAAUACCUGUCAUUAACAAAAUUGACCAGCCAACUGCUGAUCCUGAUCGUGUUAAAGCUCAGCUAAAAUCAAUGUUUGAUCUCGACGCCAGUGAUGCUCUUUUAACAUCUGCCAAAACAGGCCAGGGUCUUGAGCAAGUCCUUCCUGCAGUCAUAGAGCGCAUUCCACCUCCUCCUGGAAAGAGCAAAUCACCUUUGCGCAUGCUUUUAUUGGAUUCAUACUACGAUGAAUAUAAAGGAGUUAUAUGCCAUGUUGCAGUUGUUGAUGGCAUGUUGUGCAAGGGGGAUAAAGUUUUAUCUGCGGCAACUGGCCAAGCUUAUGAAAUUUUGGAUGUCGGAGUCAUGCAUCCUGAGCUUACUCCUACAGGAGUUCUCCAUACUGGACAAGUUGGGUAUGUUGUUACUGGCAUGCGUUCGACCAAAGAGGCACGCAUUGGGGACACACUUUAUCAUAAUCGAACCAUCGUUGAGCCCCUUCCGGGGUUCAAGCCUGCAAAACAUAUGGUAUUCUCUGGUCUUUACCCCGCUGAUGGAUGUGAUUUUGAAGAACUCAACCAUGCAAUUGAGAGACUGACCUGCAAUGAUGCCAGUGUAUCCGUUGUCAAGGAGAGUAGCACAGCAUUAGGUAUGGGUUUUAGGUGUGGUUUCCUAGGAUUACUCCACAUGGAUGUUUUUCACCAGCGGCUUGAACAGGAGCAUGGAGCUCAUGUUAUUUCUACCAUUCCAACUGUUCCUUAUAUUUUUGAGUAUUCUGAUGGAAGCAAAGUAGAAGUUCAAAAUCCUGCCACAUUGCCCUCGAACCCCAAGCAACGAGUAACAGCUUGUUGGGAACCUACAGUUCUAGCUACCAUCAUUAUUCCUAGUGAGUAUGUAGGGGCUGUCAUCACCCUCUGUUCUGAGCGGAGAGGGCAGCAGUUGGAGUAUUCAUUCAUUGACAGUCAACGAGCCUUUAUGAAAUAUCAAUUGCCUUUGAGGGAAAUUGUUGUUGACUUUUACAAUGAAUUGAAGAGCCUUACGUCAGGAUAUGCAUCAUUUGAUUACGAGGACGCAGAAUAUCAACAAUCUGAUAUGGUCAAACUUGAUAUCCUUUUGAAUGGACAACCGGUUGAUGCAAUGGCAACAAUUGUUCAUAACUUGAAGGCGCAGCGUGUUGGUCGUGCACUGGUGGAGAAGCUCAAGAAACACAUAGACAGGCAAAUGUUUGAGAUAACGAUACAAGCUGCAAUUGGCUCAAAGGUUAUUGCAAGGGAGACGAUUUCUGCUAUGAGAAAAAAUGUUCUUGCCAAGUGUUAUGGUGGUGAUAUCACUCGAAAGAAGAAGCUGUUAGAGAAGCAAAAGGAAGGAAAGAAGCGAAUGAAGCGUGUCGGUUCUGUUGAUAUACCUCAGGAGGCAUUUCAUGAACUACUGAAGAGUUCGUAGAAAAAAGUCCAGAACAGUAGCAUGAAAGAUUAUUUUGGCUAACCCUCCACGGUGAGGAAAUAACCGGGUAAGAGGAAGCUGUUGGGACAUAAAAAGAAAAAAAGGGACAGAUGUGCAUUGGCUUUCAAGGAGGCUGUCUCAAGAUUUAUCAAAAGUUAAAUGUAGAGAAAAGAUCACGUCUGAUCAUCGAUGAUAAUUAUUUUCUCCUCAUGCAUCACGCAGAAUUGAAUUGUGAUACCUUAAUGUUAUAGAUUCUGAUCAAAUAACAAUAUCUUUGUGGUUAUUUGAUGGGAAUUGAAAGCUUAUAUGGAAAAGAACCCUGUUGGGAGGGAAUUUUUUGAAUUUUGUAAGUUCAACUCUUAUCCUAUGAUGCAUACAUAAGAUGCCUUUUAUUCCAUAGA